CAGUCGGUCACAGAAAGAAGGAAUACUUAAGAAUAUGGAUCGUUGGUUGAAUCGUGUGGCUGUGGUAACCGGCGCCAGUUCGGGCAUUGGUUCGGCCUGCUGCAAGGAUUUGGUGGCCAAGGGCAUGAUCGUGGUGGGUCUGGCGCGUCGCGAAAAUCAACUCCAGCUGAUGAAGGCGAACAUGGCCGCAGAUCAGGCGUUGCGCUUCCAUUACCGCAAGUGCGAUGUGAGCGUGGAGCAGCAGGUGAUCGAUACCUUCGCCUGGAUCGACAAGACGUUGGGCGGCGCCGAUGUGCUGGUCAAUAGUGCGGGCGUUAUGCUGCACACCGAAAUCCUCAACUCGGAGUCCAGCGCCGAUCUGCGCUCCAUACUGGACAUCAAUGUGCUGGGCGUCUCCUGGUGCACACGUGAGGCGUUUCUCUCGUUGGAGCGGCGCAAGGUCAACGACGGACAUGUCGUCAUCGUGAACAGCAUUGCCGGACACUCGGUGCCCAUUGUGCCGGAUAUGAGCUUCAAUAUGUAUGCGCCGUCCAAGUAUGCGAUCACCGCACUGACCGAGGUGCUUCGCCAGGAAUUCCUCAACAAGGGCACCAAGACAAAGAUCACAAGCAUAAGUCCCGGCGCUGUGGAUACGCAAAUUAUUGAUACGAGCAACUUGUCCUCCCUUGGCGAGUUUCCCCGGUUGCGGUCCGAGGAUGUCGCCGAUGCGAUCUCCUAUUGCAUUCAGACACCGCCGAAUGUUCAAAUACACGAGCUCACGAUCAAGCCCAUUGGCGAGAAGUUCUAAGGUCAUCCCAAGGCUAUAGAUACUCUGUAUAAGACUCGGAACUAUUCGCAUGACAUAAGAUAAUAGCUCCAAUAUGGAAGGUCCAAGUCAAAUUAUAUUUAUCACAAUUUUUUU